AUGGACGACGCUGAACGCCGCAGCGCGAAGCGCUCUCGAUUUGACCAAACCGAGCCCGAAUCCAAGAGAGUAUCACGCUUCGACCGCCGGUCCCGUUCUCCUCCUGUGAGGAAGCCCGACUCCGGUCGGGAUCGCGACCGCAGCCCUCUUUCGAAACCCCGUGAUAGCACGACUCCCGAUUCGACAAAGCCAACAGUUGACCCUGCUGCCGCCGCUGGUAAGAAUUUAUCUCGCUACAUAGAGGCACACAAGAUGGAUUUUGCUGACAAUUUCGUAGCCGCCGCUGCUGCACGAAUUCAAGCCCAGCUUCAGGCUCGCAAAGGCAUCCAACACGUCGAUGUUCCUCCCGUUCGAUCUGCCGGUACUCGAGAGGGCAGUGCCCCCGCGAACAUCAAUGGAGAGAUGUACAUCUCUGAUGGAGACUUCAUCAAGGAUAUCGAAGUCAACGAUCUUCGCAACAGAUAUCUUUUGACUAAGGGCUCGACCCAGAAAAUGAUCAAAGAUGAGACUGGUGCCGAUGUCACCACUCGCGGUAGCUACUACCCCGACAAGAGCAUGGCUACACCUGUGAACCCCCCGCUGUAUCUGCAUGUCACGAGCACGACCAAGGAAGGCUUGGAAAAGGCCGUUGCCAAGAUCGAAGAAAUGAUGAAACAAGAACUUCCCCAGCUCGUUGACGAACGCCGUUUCCGUCGCAGGGAUCAGGAACAGGUCGAACGUGAUGAAUACGGCCGUCGCAAAUGGCCUGAAGAAAGGAUUCCCAUCAACCUCGAACCCGUCCCAGGAUUCAACCUCCGCGCCCAGGUUGUUGGACACGGUGGCGCUUAUGUCAAGCACAUCCAGCAAGAGACUGGCUGCCGCGUUCAAAUCAAGGGCCGUGGCUCCGGUUACAUUGAGGCAUCAACAGGCCGCGAGAGCGAAGACGAGAUGUAUUUGCAUGUUGCUGGGCCCGAUCCCAAAAUGGUGGAGAAGGCCAAGGAGCUUUGCGAGGACCUGAUGGAGAACGUCAAGCAGCAGUAUGAAGAGUUCAAGAGCCGCCCGCCCCGUCAGUACAACGGUCCUAGGGAUUACCGUGAUCGGGAGCGGGAGCCCAGAGGUGGUGGUGACUCUUACCAUGGGCGUGGCUACAAUAACCACAACAACAACAGAGAUCACCAUCAUGGCGGCCACGAGAACAGCCACCACAGCAGCUACAACAACUCGCCUGCUCCUGGUGGUGGCCCUUCGGCUGCGCCCCCUACUCCUACGGCUCCUGCAGCGGCGACAACGGAUUAUGCUGCCCAAUAUGCCCAAUACUACGGCGGCGCUGCCGCUGCUGACCCUUAUGCUGCAGCUGGUGCGGCUGACCCAUAUGCUGCAUACGGUGGCUAUCAAGCCUAUGUCCAACUUUAUCAACAGUGGUAUGCUGCUCAGGCUGGACAGGUAACUCCUGCUGUUGCGGCUACUGGUGUUCCCGGUGCCCCCGGUGCUUCGGCAUCUCCUCCACCUCCGCCUCCUACUGAAGCAGCUCCCCCUCCGCCCCCUCCCCCAUCCUCUGCUGCUCCUCCCCCACCUCCGCCUGGCGCCCCUCCUGGAAUGUCUGGUGGAUACAGCGCGGUAUGUAAAACUCCACGCCACUAUCAUAAACUUGUAUUAACUGUCUUCCAGGUCCCCCCUCCCCCAGGCCUCUGA